UGUAUUAAAGUUUGUGCACCAUAUCAUCCAGCUUCCCUUUUAUGUCUUGUCUGAUAAAUUAGACUGCUCCGUUUUAUUUAUGAUGCAUUACAACAUCGAACAUUAAUGCAUCAUUUAUGUCUGCAGAAGAAGAAGAAGAAUCUGUGACGCUUGUGGGUAUACAGCUCUGUAAUUUCUAUGAUUUCAGCUGAUUUUGACUCUGAUACGCAUCUUUUUCUGUGCAGCAUAUAAUUUUUAGAGGGUAUAGUAUAGCGUUUAAUAAAGAUCGGAUUAAAGCACAUUUCACAUCCGCGGAUCUCCCCAGCUGUGCAAGGUCCUCCCGCACUGCAAGCGGUGCUGUGUCAAACCUUUUUUUUUUUUUUUUUUUUUUUUUUCUUUCACAGCCAGCUGUGUAGCGUACCGACUGAUUUUUUUAAAUCUCCAUUUUAGACUGUACUGACGCAUCAGUAGCUUCAUGACCGGAACAGAGUGCCGGGCUACGGUCAGUUCCUGAUGGCCCAUGUCUAUCAAUACAGUUUCCCCUUUGCUGAAUCUGUGCGUGACCUGGGACAUGGAUAGACAGAGCCCAGGAGGGAAGCAGGCAGACGCUAAUAAGACAACAGCUACCACAUCGGCGGCCGUCGCCUUGGCAACAGUCGGCUCCGGCAGCACCACGUGCAGCCAGGCGCCCUCCACUUCCCUCAACAUCAUCCCAUCAGACAGACAGGCGGUCCAGGUCAUUCAGCACGCCAUCCACAGACCUCAAAGCAUGGCAGCCCAGUACCUGCACCAGAUGUACGCAGCCCAGCAGCAGCACCUCAUGCUGCAGACAGCGGCCCUGCAGCAGCACCAGCAGCCCUCCCACCUGCAGAGUCUGGCCACCAUACAGCAGGCUUCGGUUUGUCACAGGCAGUCGCCGUCUUCCUCCGGUGGUAGUUUGGUUCAACCAGCUGGCGUUUCCCAAAACUCAAUAACCCUACCAGCAUCUCCAGUGACAGCCCAGCUGAUUGGCCGAACUCAAACGUCCACCGCCGCCGCCACCACUAUUUCCCAGCAGGCCAUGCUCCUCGGAAACAGACAGGCCAACUGUAACCAAGCACAGAUGUACCUUCGAACUCAAAUGCUCAUUUUAACUCCUGCAGCCACGGUAGCUGCGGUUCAGUCAGACCUCCCUGCUGUGACCUCCUGCUCCUCUUUACCUACCUCCUCUCAGGUGCAGAAUCUGGCUCUGCGUGCCCACUUGCCCGGAGCUCUGGCCACAGCCCACAGCGUCAUCUUAAAGCCGUCCACUCAGUCCCAAGCUCUGUCUCCAGCUGCCUCUUUGUCCAAGACGACGAUCUGCACGCUGAAGACCAACCAGCUAACCGACUCCCCAACAGAAACAGGAGCGUCUGAGGUCACCCGGCUGACUUCAGGGCCCCAGAUAGUUACCCCAGCCUACUCUCCAGUACACACCCACACUCUGGUCAAGCAGCAGCUGUCCUGUCCUCCUGGCCAGCAGAUGGCGCAACACCAGCUCAUCCUCCAGCAGACCACUGGAGGAACCCCCAGCCACAGACAUCUCCAGCCCAUCGCCCUCAGAGUCGCAGCCCAAGACACAAACCCUCUUUCUCUUUCUGUUAAGAGACUGACCACUCCAAGCACCCAGUCACAACCAAGAAAUGACCCCACAGCAGCCUCUACUUCUUCUUCUUCUUUCUCCUCCUCAUCUGUCACAUCGUCAGCUCAGACCUCAGCCCCAUCCGCCGCCGUCCAGCCUCAGCCUCCUCCUCUGGUGGCCGCUCCGCAGCGUCGGACCUCCUUCCCACAAGCCCAGAACCAGCCUCCGCCUCCCCCCCCUCCUCUGGUUCUACCCAGACUUCCCCAGAACCCCACGGCCUCCCUCCACAGGCUGUCCCUGCACUCCGUCCAGGCUUUCGCCGUCCAGUCGGGACAAGUGCUGCUCAGGGAGCAGGAGCUGCCUGUGGCGGAGGCCCUGGUCCAGAUGCCCUACCAGAACCUGCCCCCUCCUCAGACGGUGGCCGUCGAUCUGAAGGUGCACCCAGUCGGACGCGACGAGACCCCGUCGUCGUUGGGGCAAAGAUGCAAUGUGAACGGGCUGAGCUCCGAGGAGAAGAAGGAUGGUCCACGGAGAAACGCGGCCCCGGCACCUCCGACUGUGUCUCCUAAGAAGAAUGUUGCAGCAGUGGCCGGUUCAUCGUCCUCCGUCACCUCCGGUCGCUCAGUGACCAGGUCGCCACAGCCGGAGGAGCCGUCCGAGCUCGCCGCCGUCAGUAGCAACAGCAACCGUAGCAACAACAACCCGCCUCCUCCGCCGUCUCCCCUGCCUCCUCCCAUCCUCCCUGCGGCAGCAAGGGGCCCCAGCCAGCCCCCGACCGAUCCAUCCAGCCUCCCGGGAAGCCCCGACAGGACGACCCACGUCCUCACGCACCUCAUAGAGGGCUUCGUCAUCAGAGAGGGACUCGAGCCGUUCCCGGUGCUACCGACCUCGAUGUUAGCGGACCAGCAGGCUUCACUCCCCGAAUCCCAGGAGACACAGGCCAACGGGGACGCGGCAGAGGACAGUCCUCUGGAUGCUGACCAGUCAGAUUCGUCGGAUUCUGACAUGGAAAACGACGGCCCUGCAGCAGAUGUUGCAGCAGAGCCGGUGGAGAGCGUGGCGGGCGUGCUGCAGUGUGAAUACUGUGGAAGCAGAGGUUACGCUCACACGUUCCUGCGUUCCAAACGCUUCUGCUCCAUGACGUGUGUCCGGAGGUUCAGCGUGAGCUGCACCAAACGCGUCACCGUGCUGCGAGCGGGUCGCUGGGGUCACAGGCCGAUGGGCCGGAGAGGACGACCCCCGAGCAGAGUCAACGGAGUCUCCAGAGAGCAUUUCCUGAGACAGGCUCCGUCCUUCGUCUCGGAGGAGACACAGCAGAGUCCACUCAGAGAGGAAGAGGAGCAGCAGAAGGAGGAGGAGGAGGAGGAGGAGGAGGAAGAAGAAGAAGAAGAAGGAGAAGAGGAAGAAGAAGAGGAAGUAGUAGAGGAGCCUCCUGUUCCCAUGACGACCAGGCUCAGAAAGCAAGCUGAGACGGAGAGGGAGCAGAGGACGACGGAGACGAUCACGGUUUCAGACGCAGAAGAAGACGUCAGUAGUCCCUCACACUGGGACGUGGAGCAGGUCUUUACUUAUGUCAACAGCCUGCCAGGUGGUGCAGACGUAGCCGAAGAGUUUCGCUCCCAGGAGAUAGACGGUCAGGCCCUGCUGCUGCUCACUGAGGAUCACCUGGUCAGCGCCAUGAACCUCAAACUGGGGCCGGCACUGAAACUCUGUGCUCACAUUAACUCUCUGAAAGACUCAUAAACCAGUCACGUCGCUGCACUCCGAGAAGAGAGGAGGACGCACAGAGGCAUCGUCUUUUUACCUGACCACGGAGCACUGCCAACUCGUCCUCUGAUACGAAACCACGAGCGGCUCUUUCUCUCACCUCUCACUUCAUUGUAGCAUUUUGACUCCAUUUGUUUCAGAAUGGUUUUACAGAUUCUUUGUACCAUUUGUAAUAAUUAUUAUUAAUAUUAUUAUUAUUAUUAUUAUUAAUACUGCUACUGCUACACAUGAACAAUCUCAAAGUUUACAAAGCAGAUUAUUGCCUCUUAUCUUAAAUUUGAUACAUUUAUCAUCAGCAACCAGUUGUAAUGAAUUAUGAAAUCUAACUGAUUAAUAAACUAUUUAUUAUUAUUAUUUAUUAUUAUUGCCGUAAUUAAUAUACAAAUAAAAGCUUUUAAAACAU